AAAAUAAUUCUCUAAUUUAAAGUAUUAAAAUUUAUUAAAAAUUUAAUUUUCACGGCCCUAUAUGAAAAAUUAUGUAGGGAAUGCAUAAACGUAUGAAUAUUCAUAAACCAUAAUUUGGCUGCUAAACUUUUUCAAUAGUUGAAAAUUUUUAAUGUUAAUUUUUGUUAAAAUCAAUUUGAACCAUGUUUAGAAGUGAGGAUCGGAAGAAGGAAUACAAAAAGAUUUUUGAGGACCCUCGAAGAAAGAGGGAGGAUAUCCAAUCCCAGAUAAGGAAGCAAAUACGUGAUAAAAAUUUACAAAAAAGAAGAUCACAGGGGCUACCCGCUGAUCAUGAAAAUUUACUUGGCCAAUCACUCCAAGAUUCUUCCUUGGAAUCUCAAAAUGACGAGAUCAAGGAUUUGGAUAGGGAAUCUAUACUAAAUAACGCAUAUUGGUCACCUUCAGCUCUUGCUCCUUAUGUAAAUGGCCUUAAAUCAUCAGAUUACAAUACUCAGUUAACAUGUACUAAACACUUUCGUAAGCUCCUGUCACUUGAGCUUGACCCUCCAAUAGAACACAUAGUUAAUACCGGCGUCGUUCCCAUUUUCGUUGAAUUUUUAUCCAGAUACGACGCUCCAGAACUCCAGUUUGAAGCCGCAUGGGCUAUUACUAACAUUGCCUCUGGUAAUCAACAGCAAACCAAAGUUGCCACUGAUAAUGGUGCUGUUCCUAAGUUAAUAGCCCUUUUGGAAGCCCCCAAGGAAGAUGUGAGAGAGCAGGCGAUUUGGGCUUUAGGGAAUAUCGCAGGUGACUCUGCUGAAUGUCGUGAUCUUGUUCUUAGUCUUGGAGCUUUAAAACCUUUGCUUUAUCUUAUGGCAAAUUCUCAGAAGGACAGUGUUCUAAGAAACGCUACAUGGACAAUUUCCAACCUUUGCAGGGGUAAACCCAAACCCUACUUCGAUGAUAUUAGACCUGCAAUUCCCUACUUGGCAAAAUUAAUCGAGCAUCCAGAUUCAGAAGUAUUAACAGACGCUUGUUGGGCUUUAUCGUAUAUUUCUGAUGGAUCAGAAGACCAUAUUCAGGCAGUAUUGGAUUCUGGAGCAUGUCCAAGACUAAUACAACUUAUGGAUCAUGUUUUACCAGUGAUUCAGACACCAUCUUUACGUACAAUAGGAAACAUCGCUACUGGAAAUGACCGACAAACUCAAGUUAUAGUUGAUUCAGGAUGUAUCCCGGUUCUGUACAAACUCCUAUUUUCUGAAAAGAAAACUAUAAAAAAGGAGGCCUGUUGGACUCUUUCUAACAUUUCAGCAGGAACGAGGUCACAGAUCGAGUCAUUCUUACAAUCAGACGUGGUUGAAAAACUCGUUGAAUUAAUGUCAUGUAAUGACUUUGACAUUCAACGUGAGGCAAGUUGGGCUAUUUGCAACGCCGCCUCAGGGGGUGAUCUUAAACAAGCCGAAAACCUCGCCUCAAGAGGAUGUAUCAAACCCAUCUGCUCCAUUCUGACCUCUACAGAUACUAAGUUAAUUAGCGUUGCCCUAAGAGCCCUAGAAAAUAUACUCACAGUAGGUCAGCACAUUAUGGAGAUCAAUAACUUAUCUUCAAAUCCAUACACAGCUGUAAUUGAAGAGUGUGAUGGGCUUCGAUCCUUGGAUGUAUUACAAGAAAGCAAAUUGACUACAAUUUAUAAAAAGUCGAGGAAUAUACUACAGAGGUUCUUUCCUGAUGACUAUGAAUUCAAUGAGGAAGAAUUUACUAGUACUAACGAUAAGUUCAACACAAAUAACUUUGUUCCCGAAGGAGGGUUUCAUUUUUAACCAUUUAAUAUUAAUAUCAUAGUCUAUUAA